AUGCAAAGAGCUAACGUGGAGAUGUUGGAGAAGACUCUGUUCACCACUUCCAAAUCGGAUGAAGCGCUGCAUCCGUGUGUUGUGGUUCUCGAUUCAAAAACACGCUGUGUCGUUUUUUUCACGGCCCUCAUUCAUCAUUGAAGCUCAAUGAGACACUUUCUGUGUACUCUGUCUAUGAUUCAACAUUACACUAUCAGGUUUGCUUUUUUUCCAAUUAUUUGAAUUAUUUUAAAAUUGAUUUUCAGACUUUUGGUUCACGCUACCUCAGUAGCGUAUGACUUAGUUGUGCUCAAGAUUCAAGAUGGCGGGGAGUUCCCGUUCUAUCCCAAAGGAUUCGAAUCUCUGUACCGCGGUCAGCACUAUUUGCAGCUGGGCAUCAGCCCGAAUAGGAUCCCAACCUGGAAAGACGGAGUCGUCUCUGACAGAUUCGGUAUGUCUAAAUUCUUAAAUUUAUUGUUAAUUAUUUGGUUUAGGUGGAUACUAUGUCGGAACGUCUUGUGGACAAUCGGGCGAUUCCGGCAGUGGAAUUUUCAAUUCUUCCGGAUAUUUUCUAGGAAUGUCGGUUGGAAAGAAGGUGUUCGUCUUCAACGAUUCUUCCAACAUGCCACUAGCAGAAGUAGCGAACCACCGCCCAGAUAGUAAAAUAAUCAGCUCCGAUGUGAUUCUGGGAAUCGCUGGAAUUGGUGGACCAGGGGUAAGUGGAUUCAUUGGAAAAUUGGUUUAAUCGUUUUGUUUCAGUUGGAGCCGGUGUAG